AUGUCGAAGCGAAGUCUGGACGACGACCUCAAGCCUAACGCGGUGUUUGUCGAGGAUGCCGAGGCCCAGGCGGAUCUGGGUAGCUAUAGUCACAAUGUGAAUGCGAGGAUCUAUAAUCCCCUCGGGGGCAUCACUAAAGUCGAUCUAUAUGAUCGCGUGCUCCGGUUCUGUCAGGAAUACGGAUUGGAAGACCAGGUCGAGACUUUUCAGAAAGGAGCGUUGGCCGCUCAGCAUCAAAAGGAUUUCGAGGAGCUGUCGGAGUUGACAGAGGAAGAUAAAUAUCACUUGCGACGGGAAACCACUCAUAAGUGGCACCUGCCCAAAGACCUAUAUUACAGCAUUGCUCUGUGCUCUCUCGGGUCGGCUAUUCAGGGAUGGGAUAACACGGGAGCAAAUGGGGCGAACCUUUCUUUCCCGCAAGAGUUUGGCAUCGCAGAUAACGCCUGGCUGAUCGGAGUCAUCAACUCUGGUGCCUGGGCAGCAGAUCCUCUCAAUAAUUGGCUGGGCCGACGUGGUACUAUCUUCUUGACUGGUCUAUUCUGUGUCUUCCCCGUCCUUGCACAGGCCUUUACUCAGAACUGGUGGGGCCUCUUGCUCUGCCGUCUCUUCAUGGGUCUAGGAAUGGGCGUCAAAAUCUCAACUAUCCCCGUAUUCAGCGCCGAAAUCAGUCCCGCUUCAAUUCGUGGUGGUCUCGUCACAAGCUUUCAGUUGUGGGUGGCAUUUGGCAUCUUUGCCGGAUUCUGUUCAAACUUGAUAUUCUACCGCAUCGGGCGUCUGGCAUGGCGUUUCCAGUUGGCAGCUGCAUUUGCUCCGGCCGUGCCAGUGUUGAUCUUUGUCUGGUUCUGCCCUGAGUCUCCAAGAUGGCUUAUGAAGAAACGUCGGUAUCAAGAAGCAUUCACAGCAUUCUGUCGCCUGCGCAACACAAAGCUCAUUGCCGCCAGAGACUUGUAUUACGCCCACUGCCAGGUUAUGACUGAGCGAGAUGCGUUUUCAGGCAAAUCGCUUUCCCUUCGAGUAUGGGAGCUUUUUACGGUACCCCGUUUGCGACGAGCGAUGAUUUCAAGUGCCAUUAUUGUCAUUUCGCAACAGUUCUCCGGUAUUAACAUCAUGAGUUUCUAUUCCUCAACCAUCUUCUCGGAGGCGGGGUAUUCAACCCGCGACUGUCUACUCGCCUCUCUCGGUUUCGGGCUCAUCAUGUUCAUAUUUGCCUUGCCUGCCGUCUGGACCAUGGAUACCUUUGAAUCUGGAGCCCGAGUACCGCUCAUCGCCUUCUUCAUCUACCUUUUCACAGCCCUAUAUGGACCAGGUAUUGGCCCUAUCCCGUCAAUCUACUUCAGCGAAGCCUUCCCACUUUCCCAUCGCGAACUAGGAGCAGCAUUCACGAUCUGCGUCAACAAUUCCGUCGGAAGCGCUCUCAGCCUUACGUUCCCGUCAUUGCUUGCGAAGACGACGCCAACGGGCGCUUUCGGUUUCUACGCGGGACUGAAUAUCGUCGCCUUUCUUACCGUCUUCCUCGUGGUCCCCGAAACAAUGCAACGCACCCUCGAGGAGCUGGACUAUACCUUCGGAGUGCCGAUCCAUCGGCACGCUCGGUACCAGAUCGGUACCUGGUUGCCGUGGUUCGUCCGGCGCUAUAUCUUCUUCCAACGGGAGGCGAAAUUAGAGCCGCUGUAUAAACUUGAAGGAUUGUAG